GAAGGAAAUGGCCGCCUGAGCGACGUCUCGGGGCAGCAGCGGGGGCAACGGCCAGGCGACACCCAGUCACCCGCGGGCGGCGGCGGCGGCGAGGACGGGACGGGGACGGCGACGACGACGAGGAGGAGGAGGAGGAGGAGGAGGAGGAGUCGUCCCGGGCGGGCUGGCGCCGAGCAAUUUUGUACUCAGUAAUCAACAUGGAAAGCUCGGACGCGAACGAUAAGGGAAGCGUUGAUCAGUCCGAAGCCCAGCGUCGGAGUCAGCUGGAUCGAUUAGAUCGGGAAGAAGCCUUCUAUCAAUUUGUAAAUAACCUCAGUGAAGAAGAGUACAGGCUUAUGCGAGAUAAUAAUCUACUCGGCACUCCAGGUGAAAUUACCGAAGAAGAGUUGCUGAGAAGACUUCACCAAGUUAAAGAAGGUCCUCCGCAACAGAACAGUGAUGAGAACAGAGGUGCAGAAUCCACGGAGGACGUGUCCAACGGCGACUCCAUCAUCGACUGGCUCAACUCGGUCCGGCAGACGGGGAACACGACGAGAAGCGGGCAGAGGGGAAACCAGUCUUGGCGGGCGGUGAGCCGGACUAACCCAAACAGUGGCGAUUUCCGCUUCAGUUUGGAGAUUAACGUGAACCGGAACAACGGGGCCCCAAACCCGGACCACGACAACGAGCCACCCGUGGAGCCUUCCGGCGGGGAGGACGCGGAAAGCCAUAGCCAAAGUGACACUGAGACGCCGCGGUCCGAAUCGCCCUCGGGGAGGCGGCCCGGCUCGGAGAGGAGCGGGUCUGAGGAGCCGCCGGCCGGCGAGGCCUCCCCGCAGCGGGGCCUGAGACGGGCGAGAAGCCGGAGCCCCGAGCAGAGGAGGACCCGGGCCAGGACUGAGCGCAGCCGGUCGCCCCUCCACCCGGCCAGCGAGGCCCCCCGCCGGGCGGCUCACCACCCCGCCGCGGCCCCGGCCCCCGGAGCCGCCAACGCCGUGAGCGAGGCCGAGGGGAGCUCCCGAACCAGGCAGCACGUGAGCCUGCGGCAGCCCCCGGCCGGGGCCGAGACGCCGGGCGACGGCGGGGUGGUGGUCCCCUCGGCCAGCCCCGAGGGCCGGGGCGCCGCGCCGGGCCCCGGCUCCUCGGAAGCGGGCGGCGCCGAGCCCGCGGCCCCCGGCCAGCGGCCGCCCACCAUAGUCCUCGACCUCCAAGUGAGACGGGUCCGCCCGGGCGAGUACCGGCAGAGGGACAGCAUAGCCAACAGGACUCGGUCCAGGUCGCAGACCCCGAACAACACGGUCACGUACGAGAGCGAGCGCGGGGGCUUCCGGCGCACGUUCUCCCGCUCGGAGCGGGCCGGGGUGAGAACUUACGUCAGCACCAUCCGCAUCCCCAUCCGCCGGAUCCUGAACACGGGUCUGAGCGAGACGACGUCGGUGGCCAUCCAGACCAUGCUGAGGCAGAUCAUGACGGGCUUCGGCGAGCUGAGCUACUUCAUGUACAGCGACAGCGACGCGGACCCCGGCGGCCCGGCCCCGGCCCCGGCCGGAGACGGGGCGGAGCAGCCCCAGGGCGGCGGGAGCGGCGAGGGCGCCGAGGCGGGCGCCGAGGCCUACGAGGGAGGGCACGAGGGGGGCUCGUCCUCGGGCGCCCGGCGGGACGGGGGGCGGGGCGGCAGGGGCUCGGUCACGUUCGAGGAGAGCGGCUCCCUGCCCUUCCUCAGCCUCGCCCAGUUCUUCCUCUUAAACGAGGACGACGACGACCAGCCGCGGGGACUCACCAAAGAGCAGAUCGACAACCUGGCCAUGAGGAACUUCGGCGAGAGCGACGCGCUCAAGACCUGCAGCGUCUGCAUCACCGAGUACACGGAGGGCAACAAGCUGCGGAAGCUGCCGUGCUCCCACGAGUACCACGUCCACUGCAUCGACCGCUGGCUGUCCGAAAACUCCACCUGCCCGAUCUGCCGCCGAGCCGUCUUAGCGUCCGGCAACCGGGAGAGCGUGGUCUGAAGGAGAACCGGGCGGUUCUUCCGCCGGGCGGCCGGCGGGGCGACGGGCGAAGAGAAGAUGAAAACCACGAGACGAAAAAAGAAGAAAGAAAGAAAGAAAGGAAAAAACGUCACUUUCUCUAUGGCCACCUUUUGCGUGGUGUCUGAUGUAAACUAAUAGCUUGGAGCAAAUCUCUGCUUCCUGAACAAAAGGUGUGAUCCUCUUUUCCCCGGUUCCCGUCGCAGAAUGAAGGCAAACUAUUUAAAAUAGCGGGCCCCCUCGUCGCUCCCUCCCCUCUCUCCCCCACCCACACACACCCGCCUACUCCCCCGGGCCUGAAAUAUGACUGCAGUACGCAUUGAAACCCAAAGCCUCUGCCGAAAGACAAUGGAUCGCACACAUCUUGGUUUUUCUCCCCUUUCCACCACGUUUUCUUACAAAAAGAGAAAAAGGAAAAAAAUAAUCUGCCUUAACCCUGGCUCCCCCUCCGUCUCAUCUCGACCCUUGAGGAUUGUGCGGAGGGAAGCCCCAGGUCAGAAUUAGUUUCCAUCCAUGUUUCCGUAAAUGAGGUGUGUGUGGUUUUUAUUUUUAUUUUUAUUUUUUUGGUUUGUUUUUUAAAUGGAUGCUCGGGCAUCUCCCCCUCCCCCGCCCCCAUUCAUUAGUUUAAAUGAAUUCACCUGCACUCUGAGUAUCAUUUUGAUUUUCUUCCAUAUUAAGCGGUAUUGGACAUGUCAGUGUAAAUAACACUAAGGUUAGGGUCUUCAUUGUAUAGCCGUCUCCCGAGCCCACCGCUGCGGCCUGCCGUAGAGGGAGCUGAUAAGUUUAAUUGGGAUAUUUAUCUUGUUGUGGAAAUAUAAAACAAAAUGCCUAUGCUUGUUUAAAUAAAAAAUCACUCUUUUGUUUUAAAAAUGUAAAGCUUUUUUGUAGAGGCUCAGUACUUUUCCAAUGCACUGUUGUAUUAAUGCAUUAAAAAUUAAAAAAGA